CUACCAGAACAACAACAUCUACGUCAACAGCUACCAGAACAACAACAUCUACGUCACCAACUACCAGAACAAUGACUUCUACGUCACCAGCUACCAGUACAAAGACUUCCAAAGGACAAACUCUCAGAACAACAGCUACCAUGUCACCAGUUUUCAUAACAACGUCAACAACUCGAAGAGCAACAACUAGCUAUUUAAUGAUUAUGGACACGGCCAACACUCAAGUAGCAACUAGCACGUAUACACCUGCUGCUCCUCAGGACAAACCGUCCGUUACAGGCCAAAGAAACUCCGACCGAAUACCUAUCAUAGCGGCCUUAUCUUCCGUCCUGGUAGUGACAGUUGCUGCCAUAUCUGUUAUUGUUUUGAUUUCUAUACGUCGGCGUAAAAGCGAUAGAAAACCUUCAGAUGGAUUAGAAUAUAUCACAAACAAUACUGCAUAUGGUACGACUACGACAUCUCCUGAGGUUCCUGAUCCAACGCCUGGACCAGACGGUGUCGAGUAUGAUGAGAUAUCCUGUGAAACUGCAGCCAAACCGGAAAUCAAGGCAGAUGAGGCUCACUCCUAUUGCUAUGCUGCCUAUGAUAAUGUUAAACAUCCUUAUGCUCCUGAUCGCCGAAGCGCUUUGAUUUCCUCCGACGAUAACAGCUAUUUUGUGUUGGGAAAGGAAACACAACAAGGAGACAGACAUGAGCAAGCACAACCAGCCUUGACCCAACAGCAGGCGGAACAAGAACAACUCUAAAACAAACAGGAAAGCUAUUUUGUUUUAGAAAAAUCAGGAUCUCGCUUUAACAUCGCAGGUAAAGAUGUAGAUGAAUCUGCCGACUACUUUGUUGUAGAAAGGGCGGUAGAUGAAUGUAACUCAAGAGGGGAAGGAAAUGGUGCAGAAGAAAUUACGAGUAAAGACAUUGUCUAUUCUGGCAAGUCAGACGACCAUUAUUUGCAGGUUGAAAAAAGUAUUGUUGUGGAAACCGAACAUAGUGAAACGACAUCAAAUGGAACUUCCAACACUUUACAUGUAACGAUAAACAAACACAGUAGCAAUGGCGACUAUUUUGUCCUAGAUAAUGAUGGCCCAGAUGUUCAAAAACAGACUGAGGUUAACUUUGACGGUGAAGUUGACGAUGAGCCUGGAAUACAAACAGAUACAAAAGUUGGAGGUCACGGAGAGACUGGAGCAAAAUAUGGGAAUAACGUCUCAGGGACAAUGAAAGAGGAAACGGAUUACUAUGAUCAUGUGAGAAUAGGUCAUGUUCAAACUAAUGGCUUUGACGAUGGAAUUUAUGAUCAAUUACGAAAACAACAUGUGCGAUGCGAAAUCGAAGAAGUAGACAAUGAUUACGAUCAUUGUUAGUAAGAUAUGUUAAGAUUACCAUCAUUGUUAGUGAGAUAUAUGUUAAGAUUACCAUCAUUGUUAGUGAGAUAUAUGUUAAGAUUACCAUCAUUGUU